UCACCUUGCCACGGGCUCUGCCGCCACAGAUUGGUUCAUUGUCAAGGAGAUUUUUUUUUUUUUUACCCAUGAUUCCAUAUGGUAUGGACUGGGCUACAUGUUGCCCAACAUGCCAGUGCAAAUGUUUUCUCAAUUAGGUGUCUUAUCUCCCGUGAGUUAGCAUCAGAUGAAGCUUGCUGACAGCAUAAUGGCAGGGAAAACCUCGGACGGCUCCAUCAAAUGGCAGCUCUGCUAUGACAUCUCGGCCAGGACUUGGUGGAUGGAUGAAUUCCAUCCCUUCAUAGAAGCACUCCUGCCCCAUGUCCGAGCAUUCGCCUACACAUGGUUUAACCUUCAAGCUCGGAAAAGAAAAUACUUCAAAAAGCAUGAGAAGCGCAUGUCGAAGGAAGAGGAGAGAGCAGUCAAGGAUGAGUUGCUCAGCGAGAAGCCAGAGGUCAAGCAGAAGUGGGCCUCCCGACUACUGGCAAAAUUACGCAAGGACAUCCGGCCUGAGUUUCGAGAGGAUUUUGUUCUAACAGUCACUGGCAAGAAGCCGCCAUGUUGUGUACUGUCCAAUCCGGACCAGAAAGGCAAAAUGCGGAGAAUUGACUGCCUGCGGCAGGCGGACAAGGUCUGGAGGUUAGACCUAGUCAUGGUGAUUUUAUUCAAGGGGAUUCCUCUCGAAAGUACUGAUGGCGAACGCCUUGUAAAGUCUCCUCAAUGCUCCAAUCCAAGCUUGUGUGUACAACCCCAUCACAUAGGAGUUUCAGUUAAAGAGCUCGACCUUUACUUGGCAUACUUUGUUCACGCCGUGGAUUCAGGUCAGUCCGACAGCCCAAGCCAGCCGAGUGAAGCUGACAUUAAGGACCAGCCAGAAAAUGGACACUUGGGCUUCCAGGACAGUUUUGUCACUUCGGGUGUCUUCAGUGUCAGCGAGCUCGUCCGUGUCUCACAAACGCCCAUCGCUGCAGGGACAGGGCCUAAUUUUUCCCUGGCAGACUUAGAAAGCUCUUCCUACUACAGUAUGAGCCCAGGAGCCAUGAGACGACCCCUGCCCAGCACAUCGUCAAGCAGCUCCGCCAAGCGUAUUAAGUGUGUGGAGGAUGAUGUGGACAGUCCAGGGGAGGAGUCGUUUUACCCGGGUCAGGGUCGGUCACCGGGCAGCGGCAGCCAAUCCAGCAGCUGGCACGAAGUGGAGCCAGCUGGAUAUAAACUCGGGGGCUCGCUAGCUAGUACAUUCAACUCAAGACAAGGGAUGCCAUCGCCUACUACAUUAAAGAAGUCAGAGAAGUCUGGUUUCAGCAGUCCCACGUCUUCGCAGACCACCUCCCCUCGAACGGCAUUUACACACCAUCAUCGGCCUGUCAUUACAGGACCCAGAGCAAGUCCACACGCAACGCCAUCAACUCUUCAUUUUCCAACGUCUCCAAUCAUCCAACAGCCCGGACCCUACUUCUCCCACCCAGCCAUCCGCUACCACCCGCAGGAGACUCUCAAGGAGUUUGUCCAACUCGUCUGCCCCGAUGCUGGUCAGCAAGCUGGGCAGGUGGGCUUCCUUAACCCUAAUGGAAGCAGCCAAGGCAAGGUGCACAAUCCAUUCCUUCCGACCCCCAUGUUGCCGCCCCCCCCUCCACCGCCCAUGGCUCGACCCGUGCCCCUACCAGUGCCAGACUCCAAGCCCCCUACCACGUCCGCAGAAGGAGGAGCCAACUCCCCGACAUCCCCAACCUACUCCACACCCAGCACUUCCCCGGCGCAGCGGUUCGUCAGCGUUGGACCCCGGGAUCCCAGCUUUGUAAAUAUCCCUCAGCAACCGCAGUGGUACCUGGGUUAAAGGCGAGCGUCUCCCACCACCCACCAGACAGACCACUUGACCCGUAGCCGGCACUGUGACAGGAAGGAGAGGACGAAGAGGGCUCGUCUCCCUGCUGGGGGAGGAGGAGGAGGAGGAGGCAUGAGGAUCACACGCUCAAGACCACCACCAACCCAUCGAUGCUGCACAACACGCGCCCCACCUUUCGGGAGCAUAGAGAGCGGCGCGCAGAACUACCUGGCUGAAGAGCGCCUGCACGUCACGGACUUGGUCUUUGCCCCCAUGGAUUUGCAAAUGGGAGAAUCAGGACCCUUGCUUGACCCGGGGGGGAGGGGUCCAGGACCCCGAGUCCAGGUUUGACUAAACUGCUGUUCUCUCUGUGUGCGCGGCAGGUGAGGGCCUCGUCGCAACGAUGAAAUAUUUAGGCUCCUGAGCCACCGCCCGCAGUCCCCGAGGCGAGCCUAAGUGUUUCAACGCUGACGUCCGGAGAACAUCAAGAGACCCUGGCCUGGUGAGGUGAAGGUGCCCCCUCCUGAAGCCCACUUCGACACACGCACGUACAUACACACAUACAUACAUACAUGCGUGGAGCCCUGCGGAUGUGUGCAUGCAUGUCUGGGUGAAGUCCACCGGGAGCGAACGAAGCGACAGCGCGCCUGCCUGGAAGUUGACGAGUACCACCGCCCGCCAGGUGCCCGCGUGCGCACCCUCACGCACCAUGGAGGACAGGCUCGAAGCACUCGUCCCCAGUAGAAGCCAAGAGAAGUGCGCUGUGUUUUUGUAUCGAACACGUCUUCAGAUGAGGAGGAGAAAAAGCAAUCCAUUGAGUUUGGGAACUGAGUAAAGUGCAAUUGAAUUGGACGGAUGAAUAUCCUCAUAAGAUAGAGUUUGUAAAAAAACAAAAAAAACAAAAACAAAAUAUUUUUUGGACUUUUUUUUUUUUUUUCCAAGUCCUUUUUUAAACCCCAGGACUCUAAAAUAUCGGGGUGGAAAAAAGAAAGAAAGAAAGAAAGAAAGAAAGAAAGAAUAGCCUUUUGAGAACGUUCUGUUUUGCUCUGAUCGAUGUUUUAUGAUUUGCUUGUGUAUCCCUUAAAAACAUGGAAAGCGUAGUCGGCAGGAGGCCGAAGUCUGGUCUGGGGUCAAAGACGCACGGCCUGCACCAGAAGAUGACAUGCAAUGUAAGUGGUGAGGCCUGGCGUGGGGGGGGGGGGGGGGGGGGGGGGGGUCUGUCCAGGUUUGAUUUUAUCAGGGGGUUGGGCUUCAGAAGUAGACCCCCAAAGCAGUGCAAAAAAACAGAAAGACAAACGAGUUUGCCAGAGCGCAGCACUUCAGUACCUUUACCUGCAGACGCUUUUUGUUUUCUUUCUUGUAUUAUUCGUAUAUUUAGACUUUCUGAUCGGCUCGAUGGGUGGUCAGUUGGGAAGAAAAGACAAAAAAAAAAAAACAAGCAGAAUAAUGUGCAUGUCGUAGUGGUAGUGACUAAUUUUAUAUAGCGCAAGUAGACUAAAUGUAGACACGAUAUGGUAAACCCGAAUCCAGGCACUUGCCGUUAAACGCGACUUGUUUGGCCCGCAGAGAAAGGGCUUCUUACUGCUGUCCUCUACAAUCAGCGAGCGGGGGGCCUUGCGAAGACCCCCGGCUCCUCUAUCUGUUCCCCUUAAAAUAAAUGAAAUCAAUAUUUUUUUUUAUGUUCUUGAAUUGCACGAAGCAGUUAUUCCGCAUCAAUGUGCCUUGCCCUGGAGAGUAAUUA